AACUUAGCUGUCGCCUUAGUGAGUUGCUGCUUUUAUAACGGGACCCAAGGGAAGUUUCAUGCUGGCUGCUGUAUAGCUCUUUGGCCAUGCUGGGGAGUGUAAGCUUGCAAUGCCCUGCUGGCUAAUUGCAUCACAGACUGUUUAUUUCCGGUGCUGCCAGGGAGGGUUUUGUGCAGGGUUUCAUGUUAUUGCUGUCUGGUCUCAAGUUCUCCCUAAGUGAUUGUUAUGAGCAUAUGUUAUGUUAUCACCUGCUGAGCUGAUGGGAAUAGGACACUUUGAUAAUGUCAAAAACAUCUUACAGAAGGAAGGUAACCUCCACUAAGAUUACAGAUUGGGUUGAGCCAUCUUUUGAAGACUUCUUUGGAAACACAAGCAAAGUUUCAUCUCAGACAUCAGGAAUUGUUAAAAGAUGCGCACAAUCAAAGAGUGAGUCUUCCACAGAGAACAAACAGGGCAAGAAGAGAACAAAUCCAUUUACUAAAGACCAUACUAAUGAUAAAAAUCAACAGACUUUUGACUACUCCCAGAAUGAACCCUGGAUUGAUAAAUACCGACCAGAUGUUCAGGCAGAGCUUGCAGUACAUAAGAAAAAGAUUGAAGAGGUUGAGGCUUGGCUGAAAACCCAUGUGGAGAAGAGGACACAGAAGCAGGGUGGUCACAUAUUAUUACUAACAGGGCCACCAGGCUGUGGAAAGACAGCAACAAUUCAAGUUCUUACUAAGGAAAUGGGGAUUCAGGUUCAGGAAUGGAUCAAUCCUCUUAUGCAGGAAUACAGACAAGAAGAUCGACCUGAAGUUUUUGAUAGAGAUAUGGGAUUUCAGCCUUUCACCAGUCAGUCUCAGACAUCUCUCUUUCAUGACUUUCUCUUAAGGGCAAACAAAUACAACAAGUUGCAGAUGGUUGGUGAAUCUUUAAGCACAGACAGAAAAAUCAUUGUUGUGGAUGAUAUGCCUAAUCAGUUUUAUCGAGACCCCUCUUCUUUACAUGAUAUACUUAGGAGAUUUGUAAAAACAGGCCGCUGCCCUUUAGUGUUCAUAAUAUCAGAUAGUCUGAGUGGGGAGAGCCAUCAACGGAGACUUUUCCCCAAGGAAAUCCAAGAGGAACUAGUGGUUAAUAAUAUAAGUUUUAACCCUGUAGCACCAACAACCAUGACAAAAGUUUUGACCCGAAUUGCUAGCACAGAGGCAAAUAUGAGUGGUGGGAAAAUUAUCAUUCCUGAUAAAGCAUCACUAGAUUUAAUCUGUACUGGCAGUUCAGGGGAUAUCCGAAGUGCAAUUAAUAGUCUUCAGUUUUCAGCCCAGAAAGGUUCAUUUUUGACAAAUAAUACCUGUUCUAAAAGCAGGGGGAAAGCAACAAAAUCAGGAAAAACCUCUUCCAAAUCAAAGUCUAAAAAGGGGUCACAGAAAGGUGGAGAAAAUAUAGAUGAAGUACAAGCAAUUGGUGGAAAAGAUGCUUCACUCUUUUUAUUCCGUGCCUUGGGAAAAAUACUUUACUGCAAACGAGAGCCCCUACCAGAGGAUACAGAUAUUUAUCGUUUGCCUGCUCACUUAUCUGAAUAUAAUCGAGAUUUGCUUCUUGUCCUUCCAGAGGCUGUUGUAGAAAAGUCUCACAUGAACGGCGAUUUAUUCAAUUUAUAUCUGCAUCAAAAUUAUUUGGAGUUCUUCAUGGAAAUUGAUGAUGUAGUCCGAGCUAGCGAAUAUCUAAGCAGCGCCGAUGUGCUCUCUGGUGAUUGGAAUUCCCGUUCCACGCUGAGUGUGUACAGUUCUUCAGUGGCAAGCAGAGGGAUCAUACAUUCCAACAGUGCCAGAGCUUUUGCCAAUUGUCAAGGGGGAGUUGGUUUCAAGCCACUACAUAAACCACAGUGGCUAGUAGCUAAUAAAAAGCACCAAGAAAAUUGCCUUGCUGCAAGGUCACUCUUCUCAAGCUUCUGUUCCUCUCCAAUGUGUCUUCAAACUCAGGUGUUACCUUAUCUGGCAAUGCUCACAAAUCCAUUGAGGAAUCAGUCACAAAUUACAUUUAUUCAAGAUGUUGGUCGAUUACCAUUGAAAAGGCAAUUAGGAAGGCUAAAACUUGAAGCUCUCACAGACAAAGAUCCUGGACUCCCAGAUGUUGAUAGUGGUGAAGAAGAUAACCUUACUGAAUUGCAAAGAGAAAAGAAUAACAUGACCAAUUCCAAAGGUGAUAGAAAGGAUCUGUUGUCCAGUGAAGGAGCAGAAAGUGAAUUGCCAGCCAGUCAGCCCCAACCAGUUGCAGCACAGGCAGUUAUGGAGGAUGAAGAGUUAAAGAUAGAAGAGUAUGACAGUGACUGAUAUCUAUCAGCAUUGCUUACUCUUAUUUGUUUGGACUUAUGGGACAAGCUUCUGGUUAGCAGGUCAUUUAUUAAUAAAUUCAGUUAAGUUAUACAGACUGCAUCCCAGUGUAAGUGUGUGUGGAAGGAACAAAACUUCCUGUUUGGAACAGGUCAUAAGAAGAACUGGUUUGCAGAGCUGCAGGCUUUCCAUAGCACUUAGAGCCAGGCCACGUAAUAAUUGCUUUUUUAAUAUCCACUGCAAAGGGUGGUGGAUUGGCAAUUAUUGUGCUAAAGAUAUACUGCUGUAAAGUAAUUUAUACACAAGAUGGAGAACCUACAAUGUGAAUGUAAGUUCUAUACUGAACUAUUUAACAGUGUAAAUAAACUUUUUUUUUUUCUCCAUUUGAAAUUA